UUGAUCCCAAAUCCCCAGUUCCUUUGAUUCAAUAAUUCAUAAGGGGCUGAGGGAGAAGCUAUAAGUAUUAGUUCUUGUGGAUCUACCUUGGUUUCAAUAGUGUUUUGGGAGAUGGGUUCUUUUGAUAGAUCAAAGAAAAGAGUUCAGCUAUGGAAGAAAGCUGCUUUCCAUAUUGUUUUCUGUUUCAUUAUGGGAUUCUUCACUGGUUUCACCCCUACCAGUAGAGCUUCAAUUUUCUCUGGUCCUAUUGAAUCGAAUCAAUCCAUGAAGAAUCAGGAAUUUUCUCCCCCAGCUAUUGAAAUUGUUCAACCAGUAGCAACUCGAGAAGUGACCUUGAACAGAAAUUUGAUGGCUAAAGCUCAGCUGGUUGUUCCUGAAACUCUGGUGGCGGUUCAGAUUAAUUCAUCAGGAGAUCAGAAAAGAAAAUCUGCAGUGGAAGAAGAAGAAGAAGAAGAAGAAGAUGUAACAUUGAUUCCUAAAAAGGUUUUGAUAGUUAUUACGCCGACAAGAUCGAAUGAUCUGCUUCAAGGUGCUUUACUGAGAAGAAUGGCUACAACACUGAAAUUGGUUCCUCCACCUCUCCUUUGGAUGGUCGUGGAAGCCGAGUCUAACUCUACAGAGAUAUCAGAAAUAUUGAGGUGCACAGGAGUCAUGUACAGGCAUUUGGUUUUCAAGGAGAAAUUCACAGACCCAGAAGCUGAAAUGGAUCAUCAGAGGAAUAUUGCACUUAAUCUGAUAGAGUAUCAUCGACUCGAUGGGAUCAUUCACUUUGCCGGGCUUUCUAACUUUUAUGAUCUUGAUUUCUUUGAAGAAAUCAGAGAAACAGAGGUUUUCGGGGCAUGGCCGAUUGCUUCAGUAGCUGCAAACAGGAAGAGGGUGGUGAUCGAAGGACCUGUAUGUGACUCUUCACAAGUUAUAGGGUGGCAACUAUGGGGCAUGAACAACCAUGAUCAGAAUCUGGUGAAGCCAAUUCAUGUUUCAAGUUUUGCAUUCAACAGUUCUAUUCUUUGGGAUCCUGAGAGAUGGGGCCGUCCUUCAUCUGUUCAAGAUGCCUCACAGAACACGAUGAAAUACGUCCAACAAGUGGUUCUUGAAGAUGAAAGCAAGUUAAAGGGAAUCCCAAAAGGAGAUUGCUCAAAAAUUAUGCUUUGGAAUGUUCACAUACCAAGGCAGAUUAUGACUUAUCAUUCAUCUUCAGUCGCUCCACCAAAUAGCAAACACAGAUGGUAGAGAUAAGGGAAAAAUUACAAUUUGUUGUUUCGAUUUUUUUUUUGGGUGGGAGUGGAAGGGGGAAGAAUAUUUCUUUUAUUAGAUUUUAAUUUUUAAUUUUGUAACUUACUUUUCUCACUUUAUAGCUUAUAUUUUUUUUAAAAGAUAAAUGAUAUGGGUU